CCGUGCACUGAGUUUGGCGCGCGGGACAACACAAGGAAACUGUCUACUAAAACGCAGAGCGGCCGUUAUCCCUGUUUCGCAGUGUUAGAAUCGUUUCAGAUUUUAUUUUACCAGUUUAUUCACUGCCUGCCAUCAUGUGGAAUCAGGGAGGUUACAGUACAACGAGCACGGUCGGAGGGUACACUCAGUCUCCAGGAGGCUUUGCAUCACCCUCUCUGUCCCAGGGAGGAGAAAAGAAAGGGCGAGCUCGUGCCAACCAGAUUAUCCCUUGCACCGUGUCCCAGCUCAUGUCUGCAUCCCAGGCCGAUGAGGCCUUCAGAGUAGGAGAUGUGGAAGUUGCCCAGGUGACUAUUGUGGGUAUCAUCAGGAGCACAGACAAAUCCAUGACCAACAUCCAGUACAAGGUGGAUGACAUGACAGGGGCUCCCAUGGAUGUAAAGCAGUGGGUGGACACAGAGGACCCCAGCGUAGACAGUACUGUCCUGCCUCCAGGUACUUAUGUCAAAGUCUCUGGGAAUCUGCGUUCCUUUCAGAACCACAAAUCUGUUGUGGCAUUUGCCGUAAGGCCCCUGGAGGACAUGAAUGAAAUCACCUCACAUAUGCUGGAGGUCGUGCAAGCUCACAUGACACUCAACAAAUCCCAGAGCAUGUCUGCUGUAGGAGGAGAAAUGAACAGUAAAGUCACAUCCAUGUCACGGCAAGACACAGGCAGCAUGGGAGGAAGCUACGCAGGGGCUAUGGAGAUGAACAAUGGGUUAAGUGCAAACCAGAAUCAGGUGCUGAGUUUGAUAAAGAGCUGUCCAGACGCACAAGGCAUCAGCAUUCAGGAGCUGAAGCAGAGACUGAGCGGCAUCAGUCUGGCUGUCAUCAAACAAGCAGUUGAAUUCCUCAGCAAUGAAGGGCACAUCUUUUCCACCAUCGAUGAGGACCACUACAAAUCAACAGACAAUGAUGACUAAUCAUCCUCUUGGCACCCGUAGAGCUACUUCUUAGUAUUGAACGGUGUAUUUUAUACCACACAAAGCUAUGUACAAAGCUACAAAACCCCUCUGACUACAAAACUAUGGCAUGCAAUCCUGCCAGUUGUCUCUGUUAAGUUUCUGUGGUUGAUGUUAAUUGAAUAGCACAUGGUUAAGGUUUGGUGAGGCCAUUUUGCUUCACACAUCCUGCAUUCCUGGAGCUGCAUCUGCUAAUUUGCAGCUCUCAAAAGUGUUGCUGUUGAAGAAACCAUUGCAGCAGUUCUUUGUCAGCCCCUUCUCCUGUGUAAAGCAUUUUGUAAUUAUAAAGAUUUGGUACAAAAGCACUCAGUUUAUUAUUCUUUGUAAUGAACUCCUGACAGAAUAAAAGAUUACAAAAAACA